AUGAACAUAAGUAGCAUUGGCAGUCUGCUUGGCAAUCUGGUUGCUUCCUGCUGUCUGGCAUUUUAUGAGAUGGGAACACUUAACAAUGAUAAUUAUCAGCAAGUGGGUGAUGCGAGACCAGCAUUUCAUUCGCCCCCACAGCUCUCAAUCAACUUCCUGAACGCAUCAUUGCUUCCUGCUGCCAGUUCGCAAGCAGCUGCGACUUCUGCAUCAGGUAGCGGCGCAACCUCUCCUUCAUCUUCCUCAUCAUCAUCAUCCUUGUUGAACCAGAGCAUGGGAACAUCUCAUCAAUCAAACUGGUACUUGAUUGUUGGAGAAUCACAACGCUUGCAUGUUUUCAAUUCAUCGGGUUUGAGUGUUCGUAUCAUUGGGUGGGGUACUGUGGCACCCCUUGCUAUCUCAGUGGCACCCAAUGGCUUGGUCUACGUGGCUGAUGCAAAGUUGAAGUCUAUCAGAUACUACAACACCCACCUUAACUGGGAAGACCAUUCCUGGCGUCCGAACAUGUUUGAGUUUCCUUCCGACCUGGCUAUGAUUUCAACCGAUGACAUCAUCGUAGCUGACCCAGUUAAGAAGCAGGUCAGCCGGCAUGAUGCAAGUACUGGACUCUUUUUGAUGACGUACAGAGACCCAUCUGAGGAUUACGAAAUGCCGUCGUUCAUCUACGUGAAGAAUAACGAAGAGGUCUAUAUCCUAGAUGUCGCCAAGUCAAGCAUUUUCGUUUUUAGUGAAAAUGGAUAUUUAAUAAAGAAGAUAAAGUUGACGUUGAGAGCAGCAACCUCCCAUCAACAGUCGCCGGUGAGGCAUCUUUCUCCUACGUCACCACCUCCUUCAUCGCCGACUCCUUCGUCACCUUCAUUCGUCCUGAGACCUUCUUCACUGAACGCUGUCUGUUCAAAACCAUCAUUGCCGUCGGGGUCAGCAUGCUGGCAGGCCGACAGACACAAUGUUAACGGGUUCUCCGUGGAUGGGCACGGUAACAUUCUCAUUUGUGAUUACAUUCGUGACCAGAUAAUCAUCUACUCACCAGACGGUCAAGAAUCUCACUCUCUCUCCACUUGCUCUCCGGAAAUUCAGCUCAAACGUCCAACCAGGAUAAUAUUCAGCAAGACGUGUGAUAAGAUUGCCGUUCUUGAACAUGACGAGCCCAACAAUAGUAGCUCCAUUAAGUUAAUCAAUCUACAUUAA